GCGCCUGCCCUCAGUCCUGGGCUGGCCCAGAGGAAGCUGGCUGCCCUGCAUUUGUGCGUCCUGUAGGAACUGGAGCGAAACCAGCGUUACCUGGCAGCCAUUGGGAUUACCAUAUUGGAGCAGGUCAGCCAUUUAUCUUGCCUAGGUUUCAGCAACCUGAUGUCUGGAAGUAGUGCCUUGGAGAAGGCACAGGACACCUGACUGGAGAAAGCUGUACUCAUUUACCAGUGGCGGACACUUUCUCCUGACAGCCAGUCACGGCUAAUUUAGUAUUUUUGGCUUCUAGUGCCCUUCUCUUCCCCACACUUCAACACACAGAGCAAAAGCUGGUGACAUGCAAGGGAAAGGCACUGAAUACUCCUCUAUCUUCCAAGUGAUCUUGCUGCUUCUGUGAGACAUUAGUAGAGACUUCAGGAAAAAAAAAAUCCUGGACAUGAGAUGCUCUUGGGGUUUUCUGCAGCCCCUUAUUUUUCUCCCAUGAAGCUUGACAGCAAGCCCCAAGAUGAUUCUUUAUGGCUUUUGACUGGAGAAUAUCCAGCCCCUUCAUGGCUGGAUCACCACAAAGGUGUGACCUCCCACCAGGUGGGUCAUGACCAGGUGUGUGAGGUCAGGCUGUGGAGCUGUGUUGGGUGGGUGCAGGUGAGGCUCUGCCCUGGUGCAGCCCCCUGAGGAGAGCCACCAUUUCCUCCCUACCCACCUGUCUGACAAGAUGGUCUCCCGGGGGUACACAGAGCCAGCACCCUGCCCUGCCACUGACCUAUGCUGUGUCAAACUAUAUCAAACCCAGUACUAAACAUUAAACAAUAGAUUUAAGCUGUCUCUUUUUUCCUUGUUUAUUUUUCUUUUCAUUUUUAACUCUCCCAUGGCCAUGCUGUAACUUUACCACCAGCUUCAGGCUUGCAGUCCUUCUGUCAGAACUUGAGGUGGGACUCCUUGCCCUGCCACCCGAGUGCCAGGGACAAUGUCAGUGGAUGGUUGCUCUCACUAAAAACACGACUGCAAAGUGUCCAGAAAUGCUUGUCGCUGAGCUGUGAGGUACAACUGUGGACAACCCCUCUACCCCUCUGUCAGAGCCAUCUGUGGAGAGCCAGAUGCCUUCCUUUGGGUGGUUCCUGUUUGUCUAAAUGCUUUAUGGCUUUUCACGUUAGUAUUAAAUUCCCCUCAGGUUAAUCAGUAAACGUGCUCUGUGUCUUAUUUAAUACCCUCUGAAGCGAUGGGAGCAGGCUGGGUGCUUCUUCCCUCUGCUCCCACAACCUGCCCAUGUGCCAGCCUUGAGGAGCCCUUGGGCAGGGGAGCAGCCUGUGGGGCUGGGGGUGUGGGGCAGCUCCCCUGUGGCUCCCAGAAGCAGGGACUACCUCCUAGGAAGGCAUUGCUGGCACCAUUAUGUGCCAUGUGGAAGCUUUAUAGGUGUGGUGCCUCUCAGGAACUUUGGCCCUAGAAAGGGAAACUGCUGGGGGCCAGAGAGCCACCAUAGGGAGGAGCAUGUUGUGGAGGGAGCAAAGUGGUACAUGUUGUGUACAUGGGGAUCUCUGCCUCUGCCUGUCACUGCAGGGAGGGUUUCGUGCUCCAGUGAGCAAAGGACAGCCUGUAGAUUGCAAAGGGCUCUUGGAUGAUCUUGCCAUGCCUAGCUUCGCCCCAGGUUUCCUUUCCCUAAACAGCAUAUGGAUGAAGAUGAGACGCCAUAAGCUCUUUCUGACUCUCUGCAUGGCUGGUCUCUGCCUCAUCUCCUUCUUGCACUUCCUCAAGGCCCUUUCCUAUGUCACCUUCCCCAGGGAGCUGGCUUCGCUUAGUCCCAAUCUCGUCUCCAGCUUCUUCUGGAACAAUGCCCCUGUCACACCUCAGGUCAGCCCUGAGCCAGGGGGUGCAGAGUUCCUCCGCACACCCUUGUACUCUCACUCCCCCUUGCUCCAGCCCCUGCCUCCCAGCAGAGCCAGCGAAGAGCUGCACAAAGUUGAGUUCGUGCUGCCAGAAGACACAACAGAAUACUUUGUCCGUACCAAAGCUGGUGGCAUUUGCUUUAAACCAGGCACCAAGGUGUUGGAGAAACCACCCGUGGGAGGUCGGCUGGAGGAGCGAGCGGAUGGCGCGGCCUCGGGGCGGCCGGUUCGCAAGCCACUGAGCACCAGCGGAGCCAAGCGGCGCAAGUGGGUGGAGUGCAUGUGCUUGCCGGGCUGGCACGGCCCCAGCUGCGGCGUCCCCACUGUGGUCCAGUACUCCAACCUGCCCACCAAGGACCGCCUCGUGCCUCGGGAGAUCCCCCGGCGGGUCAUCAACGCUAUCAACGUCAACCACGAGUUUGACCUGCUGGACGUCCGCUUCCACGAGCUGGGUGACGUGGUGGAUGCUUUCGUGGUGUGUGAGUCAAACUUCACAGCCUAUGGAGAGCCACGGCCCCUCAAGUUCCGUGAGAUGCUCCUCAACGGCUCCUUUGACUACAUCCGCCACAAGGUGCUCUAUGUCUUUCUGGACCACUUUCCCCCCGGCGGCCGCCAGGACGGCUGGAUUGCUGACGACUACCUACGUACCUUUCUCACCCGGGAUGGCGUCUCUCGCCUCCACAACCUGCGCCCGGAUGACGUCUUCAUCAUUGAUGAUGCUGAUGAGAUCCCGGCCCGUGAUGGCGUGCUCUUCCUCAAGCUCUAUGACGGCUGGACAGAGCCCUUCGCCUUUCACAUGCGCAAGUCACUCUAUGGCUUCUUCUGGAAGCAGCCAGGCACCUUGGAGGUGGUCUCAGGCUGCACCAUGGGGAUGCUCCAGGCUGUCUAUGCUACUGACGGGAUACGAUUGCGACGCCGUGAGUACUACACCAUGCCUGGUUUUCGGCAGUAUGAGAACAGCACAGGACAUAUCCUGGUGCAGUGGUCGCUGGGCAGCCCCCUCCACUUUGCUGGCUGGCACUGCUCCUGGUGUUUCACCCCUGAGGGGAUCUACUUCAAACUGGUGUCAGCCCAGAAUGGGGACUUCCCCCGCUGGGGUGACUAUGAGGAUAAACGAGACCUCAAUUAUAUCCGGGAGCUGAUCCGGACUGGUGGCUGGUUUGAUGGUACUACGCAGGAGUAUCCCCCUGCUGACCCCAAGGAGCAGAUGUACGCUCCCAAGUACCUGCUGAAGAACUACCAGCGGUUCCGCUACUUGUUGGAGAACCCCUACCAAAAAGCAGAGGGUGCUGGGUGAGGCCACGAGGCUCAGGCUCAUGUGGGAAUUCAGAAC